AAAGGAGUGUCAGUUUCCAGCCCAAUCUCGUUCAAGGUGCAUGGAGUCUUCUACGUUUACGUCAAACAGCAGACACUCGUGCGAUGCUAGCAGCACGGGUCCACAAGGAAGGGCAACACAUCUUCCUUCAGUGAUAUCGGUUACUUCGUUGAUCACAGAAAAUAAGAGCUAUCAGCACACGUAAACAGAAACUUAGAAGAACUGAAGACCAUGUCGAUGGAAGAGAUAAUCCUGCAUCCAGUUCCAAUGCACAACGAUGCAGUGUCAAUUACAAACGAAGGUUUCUCGAAAGCUGAGACAAGUGCAGACGAGAGAGUGGACGAAGGAAAUGUGCAGAGCGUUGCAGCUUCUGAAAAGAGGAGCCGCUGUUGCUACCUAUACUGGCCGCAAGUGUCCCGAAUUCUUGCCGUGGCCGUACUGGGACUUAUGUUGUGGGGCGGUGCUGUCUCCAAGCUGGGGUCCAUGGCGAGCCCCCAGGGACAACUGUUUCAGAUUGGAGCGCUAGCCAUUACAGCGUACCUGGCUGGCUGGUUAAUUUCUUUCCUCCAGUUGCCCUCCCUCCUGGGCAUGAUGUUGGCGGGAAUCGCACUCAGGAACGUGGGUUUCGUAGUCCUGACAGGCGGGUACCUUCACGUCGCUGCUACCCUCAGGCAGAUGGCUCUGGUGGUGAUUCUCCUCAGGGCGGGCCUGGAGCUCGAUCCUUCUGCACUCAAGCGCCUGGGGACGAUGGUACUGAGAUUAGCGAUUGGCCCGGCCGUGGUCGAGGCUGUGGCUGUGGCCGUCUUUGCAUAUUUUCUGCUUGAUUUACCUUGGAUCUGGGGCUUCCUAUUAGGGGCGGUCCUGGCGGCGGUGUCCCCAGAGGUUGUUAUCCCCCUGCUCUGCAAUCUGCAAACCAAAGGAAGCUAUGGCAAGGCUAAGGGAAUCCCAACUAUAGUCAUUGCGGCUGCGAGUUUCGAUGACAUUGUUGCCAUCUCUGCUUUUGGAGUGUUGCUCAACAUUGCUACAUCGACAGGAGACCUGAAAACAACAAUCAUCCGCUGUCCUGUGGGGCUGGCCAUUGGUAGUCUCUGUGGACUUGCAAUAGGACUGUUCCUUCGAUAUGUGCCAUAUCAAGACGAUACUCGAGUGACUAUGUUGAGGACUCUUCUUCUGGCUGCAGGAGGAAUGUUUCUCAUGUUUGGCAGUGCAACAAUUGGCUAUGAAGGGGCAGGGCCUCUGGCAUGCAUAAUAACUUCCUUUGUGGCAAGCAAUGGCUGGAGAUUAACUGGCAAGCAAGCUGCAGAAAGGAAUUUUGAACUCCUCUACACCAUAAUCCAGCCAAUUCAGUUUGGAUUAAUUGGGAUAGAAAUCAAUUUAUUUGUCCUAGAAGGAAGAAUGGUGGGACUUGGAGUUGUUUCUCUGCUAGCAUCUCUUGCUGUGAGAAUUGCAGCUUCUAUUGUGGUGGCUGCCGGAGGAAACCUCAAUUGGAAGGAGAAAUUCUUUGUUUCCUUUGCUUGGUUCCCAAAGGCAACAGUUCAAGCAGCCAUCGGGCCAGUAGCCCUAGACGAAGUCAGGAAGAUGCAUUUAGAAGAGUAUGAGGCUUAUGCUACCACUGUUUUGAUCAUUGCCGUUUUAUCAAUCCUCAUUACAGCUCCUGUGGGAGCAAUUCUGAUCACAGUCCUGGGCACCAGGUUAUUGGAAAAAGAGGAGCAAUAACUUGUCACAGACUAACCAUCACCAUGCCAGCACCAGAUGAAUUUACUCAUCAGCAGGAAUUAUGUCAUGUUUAAAUCCUGAUCAGGAUUUCAAAACUCCAAAUACAUUAAAUUACAAUUCAUAUUAGUCAGAUCAACAGCAAUAAAAUAAAAUAAUAUAAAAAAACGAGAAUUAGAAAUAUUUGCUUUAUAUAUUAUGAUGCACUUAAAUCAGAUUAUUAAUAUGAUAACUAUUAAAGGUGCAUUUGAAUGCAGUACAAAUCCAAAAUAUUAGAUCUUGUUAUUCUAGAGAUUCAAAUAAUCAUGUGUCAAGUCACGUCCUCAAUGAAAAUAGAAACAUUCAUAAUUCUGC